GAACCAGAUGAUGGCCCCUCGAUGCGGCCCACAGUAAAACCCCCCUGAAAAAUCCAAUGGCCUUCGCCUGAAAUCCACCGAUUUUGCCGUGCUUCCCUCUGCUCCUCCCCUGCCCGCUUCGCACAAUCGCGCACCAUCUGACGGUGGCCGCCAUUGCUGCGGAGCGCCGCGCGCGCACUUCUCCCCAUCCCAUCCAUCCAUCAAUCCAUCAUCACCCACCGCCUUCGCGCGAUUGCGGUUGCAACUCCGGGUCGACGCACGCACGCGAGCCCGCGGCCGCCGCCUCGAUGCCGCUGCCGGGCUGGAACCCGCUGGCGCCCGUCCUGCAGACCGUCGCCGCCUUCUCCCGCCACCUCCUCAUCGCCCCGGACGCCGGCCCCGACGAACACCGCCUCCGCCCGCUCCUCUCGCUCUCCCUCUCCCCGCCGCCGCCCCCAUCUGCGCCGCCGGAGAUCCUCAAGGAGAAGGAUGCCAAGCCGGCGCCGCUGACGAAGGAGGAGGUCGGGCGGGCCACGUGGAUGCUGCUCCACACCAUUGCAGCGCAGUUCCCUGAUGAACCAACGAGGCAGCAAAAACGGGAUGCGAAGGAGCUGAUGCACAUAAUCUCGAGACUAUAUCCUUGCAAAGAAUGUGCUGAUCACUUCAAGGAAGUUUUGAAAGCAAACCCUGUUCAGGCAGGAUCUCAGGCUGAAUUCUCCCAGUGGUUAUGUUAUGUGCACAACGUGGUUAAUCGGAGAAUCAUAGGAAAAAUAAGGUCUCAGGGCCAAAAGGAGGAAAAUUGACGCACUAUACCUAUUUGGCAUCCUUUUACUCCUACCAUAAGGGCCUUGGAAAACCAAUAUUUCCCUGCCAAAGAGUAACUGCGCGAUGGGGUAAGCUGGAUUGUCCUGAACGCUCGUGUGACCUAGAAGGCACCAAUGACAUCAUGCCAAAUCGAUGAGGCUAACAAGUAACCCUCUGGAAUAUAUACUUCGAGGAGGAUUUUAAACAAACUAAUGAAUGAGCACUACUACCAGGGAGAUGAGGAAAUAGAAUUCAGGGCGCCAUGCCGAGUUGCCAAAAUUGCAGAGCGUCUACCUGAAUUUCUGUAUGCUUGGCGGUGUUAGUAGUAGUAGAGUACGUUGGAUAUGAAUCUGGCGAUGUUUGUACUUUGUACAGUUUUACCAUGUUAACAGUAAUCAAAUUUUGUUUUGAGCUA